GAAACUUGAAAUCUCAAACGAUCAACCAAACUAUCAACGAAACUGGGGACCAUUCGGCAUUGAUAGGGAAAGCUUGAUCAAAUAUUAUACAGUCAUGUCUGAAGACGCAGCAAGCAUUAAUAGGUCUAUAUUCAAUGAGGAGGCCGCAAGCUACGAUGACAAGCACAGGAAGCUCAACGAGAGACUCACUCGUGAGCUCCAGGCACGCCUGGAUUUCAUUGGUGUCAAUUGGGCUUCGGACGACGAAGAUAGCGAUGGAGAGGAAGUAAAAGAUAAUGAUAAAAAGCCCACACGAGAAGUUAGGCUUCUUGACUAUGCCUGCGGUACUGGUAUGAUGUCACGAGCUCUUUUACCUUACACGACGCAAUGUGUUGGCAUGGACAUAUCCGAGAAAAUGGUAGCGGCAUAUAACGCGCGGGCAGAGAACCAGGGUCUCUCCCCCAAUGAAAUGCAUGCUGUUGUUGGUGACCUCGCAUCUGAGAUGGCCGAUGAGACACUCUCAUCCCCAGAGCUUUUCAACUUUGACAUCGCCGUCGUAGGGGGUGGCUUCCAUCACUUUGGGAACCCGGGGCUCGCGGCGAAGAGAUUGGUCGAACGUCUAAAGCCCGGCGGCGUCCUCUUAAUAUGGGAUUUUCUACCCCACGCCCCACGACAAGGACAUCAUCACGAACACCACCACGGCCAUGGCAAAGUAGGCGAGAAAGAGAAAGAGGAAAGUCAUCACAACAUCUACCAUUCCGUCAUGCAUCAUGGUUUCAGCGAGCCACAGAUGAGGGAGAUAUUUACAGCUGCAGGCGCCGGUACGAAUUUCAAACUCGAACACAUCGGUGGUGGCUUUACUAUCGCCGGUCAUGGGCAUCAUAAGGAGGGGCAGAGUACGGCUACGAGCGGCAGCUGGGAUCUUGACCCCAAGGACGGGAGCGGAGAGAAGGGCGAAGACAUCAAAGACAAGGAAGCUUUCCGUCGAGAAGUCUUCUUUGCGAGAGGGACGAAGGGUGGAGAGUAGAUGAACGAGACGUUAGGUUGCACCUCAAUUGAGCUAGAAUGAGAAGAGGAUAUAUGUCGCUUUAGUAUGCUUUCCGGAAAGACUAGAGAGUCAAGGCACGCAGUCCUAGGUCAAAUAGACAGCUCUAGUACCAGAGUUGUUAAUCAUUAUA